AUGGCCAUGGCUGAGCAGCCAUGGCCCAGGUGUGACUCAUAUCAUAGCCCCAAAACCAACAGCUGCCAGGACCUGGGCAACUCCAUCCUAUUGCUGCUGGGCCUCAUCAUCUGCAUUAACAUUGGCAUCAAUCUGGUGACACUGCUCUGGCGCAGACUUCGUGUCUUCUUACACCACAUGUUCUGCCAUAUGGUUUGUGACAAAGAAGCCUCUAAAUUAUCCUCGCAUGGAAAGAAGACCUGGCCCCCGAAGCAGAGCUCCCCUGCAGUUCACCUUAAGUGCACCAUGGACCCUUUGGAAAUGACCCUGACACCCCCACCCACUCGCCACCUUUGCCAUCGAGACUCACCAGCACGCUUUGCCCGCCACCCAACAGCCUGGGCACCUGACACUGAUGAGGAGAAGCCCCCUCAUCAGCAUCCGGCAAUCUGCUCCCACAACUGGGAUCACCCCUCGGAUUGGGAAGGCUUCCAAUCCACCCAGGGACCCUGGGCUCCCUGGGCUCGGGACUCCGUGGAGCUGCCUCCCCAGACCAUUCGUUUCCAGCAGACCAUAGAGGGAAGGCCCCUCAAAAGAGAGAUUCAGUCAGAACUGGACCUAGAGGCCUAUGUGUACCCUGUGAAUCCCCCACCCCCCAGCCCUCAGGUCCUGAGCCAUAAGAACAGUGGAGGGGGGACAAAGGUCCAGGGGGAACAAGAGCAGUGCUCGCCUGACCCCCCAGCUCCACCAGCCAUUAAGGGUCCAGCAUUUGUCCCGGAUGUCCCCCAGCGCCCCUCCUCAGCCCGCAUAGUGUAUGAUGCCCGUGAUGUGAGGCGGCGGCUUCGGGAGCUGAGCCGGGAGGUGGAGGCUCUGUCCCACUGUUACCCCAUGGCCUCCAGAUCCAGUGCUCCUGAGGGGGUGGGCGAGGACUGGCCAUACCAUCCCCUGACAGAGAGGCGACUGGGAGAAUAA